CUUUACUGUUAACCCGACUGGUUUGGCUUGUCACACGCCCUUUAAGGCAGAGCAUGUGUCUUAUUCACUGACAAAACCACGGAGGUUUUUAUUUUUUUAUUUUUUUUAUUAAAAAGGACCGAAAGAACAGCCGCCAAUUUGUGCUGUGACUGAAAAACUUCACAGGAUGAGCGAACCGGAGGACGCAAUAUUUAAAACCACCGGCUGCAAGUGGCUGCUGCCUGUCAGCGGAUACUUGGGCUUAACUCUGGACCAGGUGAACUUCCUAUCCUGCCAGCUGUUUGCUUUGCUUGCUGCCUUCUGGUUUCGUCUCUACCUCAGUCCUAACCAUGCGAGCCCCUUGGUUCGGCAUGCUGUCGCCACGCUCCUAGGAAUCGCUUUUCUUCUCUUCUGCUUCGGAUGGUAUUCUACCCAUAUCCUCGCUGUGGUGGCUGUUAACUAUUUUCUCAUCAUUAAAGCUGACAUCAACAAUGUACACAGGUACUCCAUGGUGACAGCUAUGGGUUAUCUGACUGCGUGCCACGUGAGCAGAGUCUUCAUCUACAGCUACGGCAUACUUUCCACGGACUUCUCCGGACCUUUGAUGAUUGUAACCCAGAAGAUAACCAUGCUGGCUUUCCAUCUACAUGACGGGAUGUGUAAGAAAAGUGAACAGCUGACAUCAGAGCAGAAGCAUGUGGCUAUACGUGUGAGGCCGUCUCUUAUCGAGUAUCUGAGCUACAAUCUGAACUUCCUGAGUGUCUUGGUUGGGCCCUGCAGCAACUAUAAGGACUACAUCGACUUCAUAGAGGGCAAACACAUCAGCUGGAGGCUAAAGCAGCACUCUGGAACAUGUAAUGGGCAAAAUGGUUACGACAAGACGCCCGACCCAUCUCCUCUCAACGCAGUAUGUCGAAAGCUGCUGGUCUGCUGCGGCUGCCUGUUCAUCUUCCUCUUCAUCACUCGGUCAUUGCCGAUUACUUACAACGUAGACAACCACUUUGUUGGCCACGCCUCCUUCCUCAGCAGGCUCACCUACGCGUUCUUCUCCAUACAAGCAGCAAGACCCAAGUUCUACUUCGCCUGGACGCUUGCUGAUGCAGUAAACAAUGCAGCAGGUUAUGGUUUCCUGGGGAUAGAUGAGAGUGGAAAACCCUGCUGGGAUCUUGUCUCCAAUCUCCACAUCAUAGGGAUUGAGACAGCAACCAGCUUUAAGACCUUCAUAGACAACUGGAAUAUUCAAACAGGGAUUUGGCUCAAAAUGGUGUGUUAUGACCGAGCGGUGAAACACCGCUUGGCAUUGACCUUCAUCCUGUCUGCCUUGUGGCACGGUGUUUAUCCAGGAUACUACUUCACCUUCAUCACUGCUAUUCCCAUUACCAUAGCAGCAAGGGCUAUACGCAGGUCUAUCAGGCACUACUUCAUCGGCUCCAGAGUCCUGAAGCUCGGUUAUGACAUUGUAACUUGGGCAGCGACUCAGCUAGCCAUCUGCUACACUGUCAUGCCUUUUCUCCUUCUCUCAGUAGAACACACUAUGGUUUACUACAGAUCUAUGUACUUCCACGUCCACAUCAUCAGUAUUCUGGCUGCAGUCGUCCUCCAUCAGAAACAUAAACCCAGAGAACCUUCUGCCACCAACAAACCGGCUCCCCCUGACUCCUCUUCCUCGUCCUCCUCUUCCUCAGCAGCUGCGUGCUCAGCUCAGUGCCAGCCUGUUCACUCCAACAAUAAGGACAAAGUAAACUGAACAUCCCAUCCUCGCGUGGUUUUUAAGCAGACUCGGCUCGUCCUAGGAGUGCGUUCUGCCUGCUCCAAUUGUGAAAAGUGUAUGCUAUUUAUUAUUUUUGCUGCAAUACAGACGAUUGAUACAGAGACCAUAAGGACAAGCAAAAGCUGAAGGAAUAUCUCCGAUGCCAGCUCUGCCACGGCGACUGCCUUCCCUCCCGAACCCCCCCCUGCCCUCUCCACCCACCUCGACACCAGCUCGCCGUCUUCAACCGCAAAAAAACACAGCGGUGGAAAGAGAAACGGAGCUGUCUUUCCUCUCCGUCCUCAGUCCAUUCUCUCCCUCCGUCCCCCUUCCACUGUUGGGACGGGAGCCAGCGCAGUGGGAGAGCGGCAAAUACCAGAACCCGCACACACAGACUCAUCUGUAAACGGACACGAGGAAGCAAAUAUGCACAUGCUCCUCCGACAUGCUUGCACUCGGUCACACUCUGACGGCACACAAAGGCCGUCCUUGUGAGUUCACAAAAGAGCGUGCAAAGAGGCUGUGGCCGCUGCGCCUACUUUACUUUACCCAGAAGAUGUUGUAGAUUUGUGUGGGUGAGUGUGUGUGAAUGCUGAUUUGGCCAAAGUUACAUGCCAACAGCUUCUGUCAGCGACAAUGUGGGUCAGUAUUACUCUCACUGCCUAUCGACCCGGAUGAAAACCAUAGGAAAUACUCAAAGCAAAGUUCUUUAUGAAAGUCUGUUAAUCAGGAGCUUGGGGAUUUUUUUUUUUUUUUGAUGCUGCAGCAAACAUGACUAGAAAAGUGGACGCAUAUCUAAAACAGGAGAUUUAAUUGUGAAUCACUGGGUUAAUGAUUUAUCCCUUUAGGUUGAAUCUCUCUGUUCUGAAGUCGUGUGAAUUUAAUAGUGACAUCGUUCAUAAUGUGCCUAUCAUGCGGUCAGGGCUGGAUACUUGUUACUAUGAUAGAAAGAAACUGGAUAGAAAGUUGGAUUAAACUAGAAAAGACGUGCUAAGACUUUUUUUUGGGCCAGGCUGUAAACACUGGGCUCUAAGAAAUGGACAAUACAAAAAAGAGGACAGUUUGCUUUUAAACUGUGAUUUUCCCUGGUAGGACAUGCCAAUUGAACAGAGACAUCUGGUGGCUGGUGGUGCCAUUUAGUCUGAUCUUAAUUAAACAGUAAAAGGAUUUUAGCCGAAACGGAUUAAAUAGUUUUUUUUUAAGCACAGGGAUCCUAAACAUGUGUAAUUCUUAAAUUAGUGUUCGAUUUGUUUGAGUUCUGCUUCCACGUUGGCACAUUUGAAACAUGAUUUAAAUGGUUGUUAAUGGUGCUGUCUGUUGACAUCUUGACAUUUCAGCUACAUUUAUAGAAAUAGAUUUCUGUAUGACAAGAUCAACACAAAGCUGUUUUAUUCCUGCUACAUAGGAACUCUUAUGACGCGAUUUGCUUUUGAACAACGUUUUACCCUUUGGGCAGAUGUGCAGUGUGGUUGUCCUUGUUUUCGCCUAAUUUAAUGACUGAUUUUCACCUCUUACUGCCCUUUAUGUAUCCAUCUUUAGAGCCGAGGACUGAAAAUUCAUGUGUGUUUCUAAGCAUCCUGUUUCCAGUCUGAAUAAUCCUGACAUGUCCCUCUUUCUGCUGCCCAGUAACGAAUCAAAGAUGCAGGAAAUCGUGGACAUUCUGGGCUGGGCUAAAAUUUGAACGCUCUAGCACGAUUCAUCCCUGGUGUCAGCAGCAAGCAGCGGGAGCCCACUCUCUGCUUACUUCACUUUCAUGAAGCAAUAGAAAACUUGUUUGAGGUGUGACUGACAGGUUUUAUGUUUUUUUUUUAAACUUUUUAAUUUUUUUUUUAUCUGGUGAAACUCUUUCUCUCUAAUGCUCUGCACUCUGCUCCAAUCAAAUCAAGAUUUGCAUUAAAAGAAUAAACCCUGCAGGGUUCAGUAUAAUAAUAAUAAUAAUAAUAUUGAUUAUGUUAACCUUUAAUGCCCAUUAGUGCCUCUGACAAUUUAUGCUGCACUGAUGACGACUGAUUGUGGUUUUCUCUGUGAGUGUUUAAUAUUUAGACGUUGGUCUGGUGAUACAGUGUUACAGGCUGAUUGCAUGCAGACUCAUGCGACAAAUGCUGGGCAUGUAAAAUGAAGCUUUCCCCGAGCCUGGGAACCUUUUACGUUUAUUGUGGCUAAAAAUGGCACCAUCCCUGAAAUGAUUGGAGCAGGGAAAGGUGUGGCACAUCUACAGUAUGAGUGCGCUGUCAGAAUGAGCAGCUAUUUGAAUGAUUUAACACUGUUAGUGAGGAUUUGUUUUGUUUGCAGACUUUCUUAUCUGUAUGCACUGACUGUCUGUCGAUUGGUUUUAUUUUUCUACGGCGCCGCUGCUCCCAUUUUAGUAUCAUUUUAGAGG